GCCUGGGAGUGACAGCCACGCGCGCCUCGCGGGAGGAUCAGGGCCGAGUCUCUGAUUCGGGGGGGGAGCCAGAGACUCCGCCCCGCCGGCAGGACCUGGGUGCUCCUGCUCUCCCCUCGCGCGAGAGGAUCAAUCUCAGGCUAAGAAAUGGCAUUUCAAAAGGCACUGAAAGGGACUAUUCUUGUUGGAGGAGGUGCUCUUGCAAGUGUCCUAGGCCUCUCUCAGUUUGCUCAUUACAGAAGGAAACAAGUGAGCCUGGCCUAUGUGGAAGCAGCCGAGUGCCUUUCAGAACCUGUUAACAGGGAGCCUCCUUCCAGAGAAGCUCAGCUACUGACUUUGCAAAACACGGCGGAAUUUGAUAUCCUGGUCAUCGGAGGCGGAGCAACGGGAUGUGGCUGUGCGCUGGAUGCUGUCACCAGAGGACUAAAAACAGCCCUUGUAGAAAGAGAUGAUUUCUCAUCAGGGACCAGCAGCAGAAGCACUAAAUUGAUCCACGGUGGUGUGAGAUAUCUUCAGAAGGCUAUCAUGAAGUUGGAUAUUGAGCAGUAUAGGAUGGUAAAAGAAGCCCUUCACGAGCGUGCCAACCUACUAGAAAUUGCUCCCCAUUUAUCAGCUCCAUUGCCUAUAAUGCUGCCUGUUUACAAGUGGUGGCAGCUACCUUACUACUGGGUAGGCAUCAAGCUAUAUGAUCUGGUUGCAGGGAGCAAUUGCCUGAAAAGCAGUUAUGUCCUCAGCAAAUCGAGAGCCCUUGAACAUUUCCCAAUGCUCCAGAAGGACAAACUGGUUGGAGCAAUCGUCUAUUAUGACGGACAACACAACGACGCACGGAUGAACCUCGCCAUUGCCCUCACUGCUGCCAGGUACGGGGCUGCCACAGCCAAUUACAUGGAGGUGGUGAGCUUGCUCAAGAAGACAGACCCCCACACGGGGCAAGAGCGAGUGAGCGGAGCCCGGUGUAAGGACGUCCUCACAGGGCAGGAAUUUGAUGUGAGAGCCAAGUGCGUUAUCAACGCUACGGGACCUUUCACAGACACCGUGCGCAAAAUGGAUGAUAAGAACGCCGCAGCUAUCUGCCAGCCGAGCGCCGGGGUCCACAUUGUGAUGCCUGGUUAUUACAGCCCAGAGAGCAUGGGACUUCUUGACCCAGCAACCAGUGAUGGGCGAGUCAUUUUCUUCUUACCCUGGCAAAAGAUGACUAUAGCUGGCACUACCGACACGCCAACUGAUAUCACACACCAUCCCAUCCCUUCGGAAGAAGAUAUCAAUUUCAUUUUGAAUGAAGUGCGUAACUACCUGAGUUGUGAUGUUGAAGUGAGAAGAGGCGAUGUCCUGGCAGCAUGGAGUGGCAUCCGUCCCCUCGUUACAGACCCCAAGUCUGCAGAUACUCAGUCUAUCUCCCGAAAUCAUGUUGUGGACAUCAGCGAGAGUGGCCUCAUCACUAUAGCAGGUGGAAAGUGGACAACAUACCGCUCUAUGGCAGAAGAUACCAUAAAUGCUGCUAUCAAGACUCACAAUUUGAAAGCAGGGCCAAGCAGAACGGUCGGGCUCUACCUUCAAGGAGGCAAAGAUUGGAGCCCCACCCUCUACAUUCGGCUUGUCCAGGACUAUGGGCUUGAAAGUGAGGUGGCACAGCAUCUUGCCGCCACCUACGGGGACAAGGCUUUUGAGGUGGCUAAAAUGGCAAGUGUAACCGGAAAAAGGUGGCCUAUAGUCGGAGUGCGUCUUGUGUCAGAAUUUCCAUACAUUGAAGCAGAGGUGAAGUACGGGAUUAAGGAGUACGCCUGCACGGCAGUGGAUAUGAUCUCACGGCGGACUCGCCUGGCCUUCCUCAAUGUCCAGGCAGCAGAGGAAGCCCUACCCAGGAUUGUUGAGCUGAUGGGCAGAGAACUGAAUUGGGAUGAUUAUAAAAAAGAGGAGGAACUUGAAACAGCCAGGAAGUUUCUGUAUUAUGAAAUGGGCUAUAAAUCUCGAUCAGAACAGUUAACAGAUCGCUCUGAAAUUAGUCUACUGCCUUCAGAUAUCGACAGGUACAAGAAGAGAUUUCACAAGUUUGACGCAGACCAAAAGGGCUUUAUUACUAUUGUUGAUGUUCAGCGUGUGUUAGAGAGUAUCAACGUCCAAAUGGAUGAAAAUACACUACAUGAAAUUCUGAAUGAAGUCGAUUUAAACAAAAACGGACAGGUUGAACUCAAUGAGUUUUUGCAGCUGAUGAGUGCUAUUCAGAAAGGAAGGGUGUCUGGAAGCCGGCUUGCUAUCCUAAUGAAAACUGCAGAAGAGAACCUCGAUAGAAGAGUCCCCAUUCCGGUGGACCGAAGUUGUGGAGGAUUGUGAGUCUGGGCAGUAAAUCCACAGCCAACAAACACGGGAGCGAAAAACCAUCACGUAAAACCAGAGAUGACUUACACCACUCCAAAAUAGUGGAUAUGGAUAGCUGCAUUUUUUAACACUGGGAAACAUUCCAAAGCUUUAGGACGUUGAUGUGUACCCUUUAUUUGUAUUUGCCAUUCAAUCUAGCUUCUAAAGAGUGCACGUUGUCUUUUUUUUCAUUUUCAUUGCACACGGAUUUCAUGUUUUGCAUCCGUUUUGUAACCUGUUAGACCGGACAUUCUCCCUUUUUUGUUUGUCUAUUCAUUUAUUCUGAAUCACUCCUAGAGGCAGAAUAUGUUGGCAGAAAUUGAAAAAAAAAAAGCUGGGGAAAAUUUUUCUGAUGUGCACGAAGUUCUGGACGUAAAGCACGUUGGGUAGUAUUUGUUCCUAAAAGAAACUGAGCAGGGAGUGACCUAUUGAAAUGAUAGUGUUUUGGGAAACCGCUCAGCUCCUCCUUCCUGGAGACCACCUGCCUUCCUCAUCUGAACAGUACCGUGCAGUUUUACAUCUAGAGUAUGCUUAGCAGAACCGGAGAGGGGAGACAAAGUUUAGAUCUGGUUACGGGAGCAGGACUCAAAGAGGAACUCUGGAAGCUGCCAGAAUCACAGGUGUGAGAUAAGGAUAGCGCUGACAUUUGCCGGGAGUGACGGUGACAGUUUCAUGUCAGCAAUUCGUUUUUUUCCCCAGUCACUGCUGGGUUUUCUUUGACUCUUAUAGCUGCCAGCAAGAUCCUUGCUUUUCUUAUUUUAAAACCAGCAUUUAAGUGGCAAGUUGGAUGUAGUGGGAUGAGACUAAAUUUCUCAACUCUUUACAGCGGUGACCAAGUUAGAGAUUAAAAAUCUGCACUUGUACUUCCACGUAUGACAGCACCGUGUUCAGUCCCCAAAUCCUAGGCUGUGGAACAUGGGCUGUUGUCAAACAUGGCCAAGUUUGCUUAGUUUAUUGCAUCAUUUGGGGGGAGUAAUUUUAAACAGAGAGUAAAAAAGGAUAGAAAUAACCUUUAGUUAACAUUAAUUAUAAUUAUUUGUAAAAAGGCAACACUGCAAUAUUCAAAGUCAUUUUGGUUGCUUAAAGCCUUUCUCUUUCAGUACGCAAUGGAAAAGUUCUCAAUCAAAAAGAAAAAGAAAAGGAAUAAAACCACGCACACAGACACACACAUACCCCGCCCCCACCAUGCACACAGAGAGACACAAAACAAAAACAAAAACAAAUCUGCAUUGAUUUUAACAAAUAAUGCGUUGAAUUUAAAGGGCCAAUUUGGUAUGCUUUUGCAAUGCUUCAGUAGCAUUUUAACCAAUCAUUUGAGUAUUUAUCCUCUGGUGAAGUUAACGAUCUGCUUUGUUACUUCCUAAAAUCAGGUUUGUAUACAAUAGGGAAUAUAACCCUUUAUUUAAUGGCAGGCUUUAAUUGCAGACUUGAGGUCUUAGUUUUUUAAACUGGUACACAAAACACUUUUGUGCUGUGAUUUCUGUCAACGUUGUAGAAAACCUUUAUGCCUCAUUCAAGUCAGAUAUGAGCCUGGAAGUCGUAAUACACUGAACUCCCGCCCCACUUCAAAACAUUCACUUAUUUUUAAAUGAAGUCUAGACUGGCCACUUCCUCAAGUAAAACCCAAAACGGAGCAAGGGAUGCUCCCAGGUAUCACUGUGAUGUGUGGGUUUUUAUACUACCUUAAAAAAAAUCAUGAUGGGAGCCGGUGGCUUUGUAACACAGUGGUUUUUACCAACACAAUACACUUCCCUGUUUAGAACCUGCUGACACUUGAUAGAAAAGCUGUCCUUUAAAACACCGCCGACGAUGUACCACAAUACAGUACAUUUGUGCUCUCUCUCUUUCUCUCUUUCUAGUUAGAUCAAGAUAGCGAUGACUUGUGCCCUCCCUGAAUCCAAUACAGUAGGGACCGGCUCUCUAGCCUGACUGACCUGGGCAGAGCUGUAUCUGAAAAACAGGCCUGGUGUGUGCACGCUUUGCUAUGAGUGAAGUUCCUUUAAGGACAAAGAAAAGCGCACUUUGCUUCCUUUGAGCAUAUCUGCUUUUGCUUAAAAUCUGCUAGUUCUCAAACAUACGCUCCUUCACCAAUCCCAGAGACGCGUCUUGGAAGUGAACUGGUUCCAAGUCUUUACUGUGAAUAAAGCCCCCCCCCCCCCGCAUUUUUGUGUCGGUUCUUAAUUAAACCUGUGUAGCGUCUUUACCUGAUUUCAGAAAAGAGGGAAAGAAAUAGAGAAAUAAGCCCCGUCAAAACCUAUUCCGAGCACAAAAGAAUUUUCCUUUUCUUUUUGUGCAGACGGGAUAUUAGAUGAUUUUGUUGGGGCGGGGAUGGGGUGUGCAGAGACGGUCUUUAUCAGGUGGUUUAUUUCAGCCUUUAAGGGGAUUCAGGUGAAGGAACUUCCGUCUGUGGUGGAGAGCUCGAUGCUCCUGUAAGUAGCCCCAUUCCACAGUCGGAACAAUAGUGUUAAUGCUGGAUUAUCUCUUAAGUCAAGGUUGUCUGCCUCAUAUCCAUCAUGCUGUUUGCGAUAUUCUCGCUUUCAAUCAAUUUAUACUACGUGUAACUUUAGGAUUCCAACCACUAAAUGCAUGCUCCCUGUUCUGCUUUAGUUUCUAGCUUUGUUUGGUCUUUUCCAAAAUAUGUAGCUUGCUCUUUCGUACAACAAUGAGAAUUUCGUUGAUUUUUUUACUAAACAUCCUGUAAGGAUAAUCAUUGAUCUUAUGUCCUUUUUUAUGUACUCGUAAAGAUUUUUGGCAUAUGAAUGUAAUAAUAUGGAAAUCAGUGAAUGACGCUGUAACUUGCACCGUCUCGAAUUAUGUCAACCCCUUUCAGGGAAUGAAAAAGCCCUACUGUCAAGUGUAAGCCCAUUGCUGGACUGGGCAUGCGCUCUGCAUGUUUUCGUAUGUGGCAUUUUCAUGUAUUGUGUUGGGUCAUUGUUCUAGAUUGGACUGUUAAAUACUGUGUUUGAGGCUGGGUUGUCAUUUUUAUAACUGUCUGGGUGUUUUAUCGCCAUUAUUUAUUACUUUUGAUAUACAGAAGGAGCUGCAUGCAUUUAUAGAGCAAUAAGAGGAUGUAUUUAAUGUGCCUUGUUUUUAACCGAAUAAGAACUGAAAGCAUGAAUCAAUAAAACUGAUUAAAAUGGUC